CACGGCUGAAACAGAGCAGAGGGAGCAGCCCAGACAAAGCAGCGAGAAACUUUCACGCUGCUAAUCGCCAGUCCUGUCCCACCAAGCAUGGAUUUACAGAAGACGGCGGCGGUGCAGUAGAUUCAACACCUUUCUGAGGGGAUGAAAGCGACAUUGGAGUGAAUUUAAAGUCCUGCUGCUGCUGAAAGGACGAUCUUAUUUGGCUCCGCGGGUCGAUGAUGAAGCUUUACAAUGCAACAGGAGUCGUAUCUGACCGCUGGUGACCCCUCCGCCAGCUGUUAUAGUGUGGAUUUCUACCUCAGCACAGAGGACGCAGAGUAAAAGCAGACAACAUGGUACCCAACAAGUGGAUUAUGCAUCCAGUUCUUCACAAAUCACCUCCCAGAAGCUGGCUUGGCAUCCGGCUACGUCUCAAUGAGAAGCCCGCUCAGGAUGAGGAGUGUGUGGUUUGCCAGCAUCCAGACUGCAGCGAGCGCCGUCACGCCUCAAAGGUGUGUCAUCAUCCCGACUGUCAGGAACUGAACGGUAAAAGCCCGCUGCACCUGUGUGAGUCAUGUGAUUCUCGCUGUCACCUGGAUGAGUCUGACAGCAUGCACUUUGACAGGCAUCUCCGCUUCGACAUACAACCACAAGGUUCUAUCCUGGCGCGGAAUGUGUCCACGCGUUCCUGUCCCCCUCGCACAAGCCCCCCUUCAGACCUGGAUGAAGACGAAGAAGGAAGUACUGAGCGAGGAGACCAUAAGACAGGAGAAAUGAAGCUGAAAGGCAGAGAAGGAAAAAAGCCCCAGCGGCGCCACACUGAUGACCCCAGGAAGGAGUGCUUCAGCCUCAAGUUUGACCUCAACAUAGACAUUGACACAGAGAUCGUCCCCGCUGUCAAAAAGAAGACAUUACGAGAGGUGCUCGGACCCAUUUUUGAGCGCAAGGGCAUUGAAUUAUCCCGAGUGGAUCUGUUCCUGGACCAGUCCAACACUCCACUCUCACUCCACUUUGAGGCGUAUCGUUUCGGAGGACAUUACCUCAAAGUGAAAGCUCGGCCUGGCGAUGAGCUGAAGGUGGAGCAGAGUGUGAAGGAUCUGCACUCUCUGAGUCUACCCAACAUGAAGCCGUCAGUAGGGGGCAGCGUCUACAUCCUCACACCGGGCAGUGAGAGGGCAGAGCACGGGUCCCUACCGUGGCGGGAGAGUGUUGACGUACUGGGUCAGGCCCGUCGGCGGAAGAACAUGACAGAGUUUCUGGGCGAUGCCAACAUCCCAUCACCAGACACUCUGGCCAUACUGGGUGGGCCUUUACCAGGCGGGGCUCCAGGAGGUUCACUGCCCGGUGUGGCCGCCGGACCUGAUAACUGGAAGAACCGUGCCACCAAUCGGAUCAGCGUGUUCUUCGGUGCCGGAUCUGGGAAGGAGGUGGAGCGCGUGGAGCUGCUUCAUACUAAGUUGCAGGCGUACACACAGUUCGGUCUACCCAAGGUUCCUUUUCAGCUCGCCUUCCACCAGGAUUCCUGGGAGGAGGAAGAGGAGGAGCCAAACCUGACACUCGAGGAGAGCUGGAGGCAACUGCUGGAAGACCCCGAGAGUCUAAGUAGACGUCAGUUUCAACAGCAAGAGGCAAUAUGGGAACUGAUCCAAACCGAGGCUUCAUACAUCAAGAAACUCAGGGUCAUCACUGAUCUGUUCCUGUGCGGCCUGCUGAAUCUACAGGACAACAGUCUCCUGGUUGAGGUGGAGCCCCCGCGGCUCUUCAGCAACAUCCAUGACAUUGUACGUCUGCACUCCACACUGUGGGUUCAAGUCAUGCUUCCGGUGCUGGAGAAAGCGCGAAGCACACAGAGCUUGAUCGACCCCGCGGACCUGCAGCAGGGGUUCAGUACGGUGAGUUACACAUCAGUAGGGCUGUGCAAUAUAGCGGACAUGCUAGCCAAACCGCACCAGAGACUCACCAAGUACCCUCUGCUCCUGAAGACCAUCCUGAAGAAAACUGACGACCAAACCUCCAAAGAUGCUCUCAACAACAUGGUGGCAUGUGUGGAGAGCUUCAUUAACAGCGUGGACUCUCAGAUGCGCCAGAAACAGGAGCAGCAGAAUCUGGCCACCAUUUCGGCUCGAGUGGAGUCAUACGAGGCCGCGGAGGGAGCCAGUGAGGAGGUGGAGAGGGCUCUAAAGGAGUUCAACCGAAUUGACCUGACCGCACCGAUGAUUGACACUUCACCAGAAGCGAUCAGGCAACUUCACCUGGAGGGGUCGCUCCGCAUGAAAGAGGGCAAAGACAGCAGGAUGGAUGUUUACUGCUUCCUUUUCACUGAUCUGCUGCUGAUCACUAAACCAGUGAAGCGUUUGGAGAAGGUGAAAGUGAUCCGACAGCCUCUCCUCCUGCAUAAUGUGGUGUGCAGAGAACUCAAAGAUACAGGCUCAUUUGUCCUCAUCUACCUCAAUGAGUUCAAGAGCGCUGUGGCUGCCUACUCUUUCCAGGCCAACAGCGCCACCCAGGGGAAAAGUUGGACUGAUGCGAUUUGCAAAGUCCAGAAUCAGCUGCAGCGGUUGCGGUCAGAGGAAGCUCGCCGACAGAAGGCUUGUCUGAAGAAAAGACUAGUGGAAGAUCAGGAGGAAGAUGAGGACAGCUGUAACUCCACAGCUAGUUCACCUCAAUUUAGACACAAAGAUCAGAGCAAUAGCCAAUCAGAUGGCUCCACAGAAACCCUGUCGGUGAUGGAUAUGGAUGAGUCUGGAUCAUCUUUGGAUCCUUCUACUCUUCAGUCUGACCUAGGUGGGCAUUCAGACCAUGAUGCCGGUCUGUCUCAACUCCCUGACUCUGCCGUCCCACAGCGGGCCACAGACUUUGAGCCCCAUCCAGAUAGCCAGGAGGGCUCAGACCUGGACCCACAAUGCUGUUCCAUGUCCAUGGAUAGCGCUUACGGGACCCUUUCACCAGAGUCCAUGGUGGAAACCCAGAGUCGAGUGGCCCCGGUAGAGGAAGACGACUCCGAGGACGACAAGGAGACGAUGGGUGGCGACGGGGAAGAUGAGGAGCAAGAAAAUGCAGAAGAGGAAGACGAUGAGGAAGAUAAAAGCUCAUUCGGAUCUCAGAACUCAGUGGCGCUUUCUCUAAAGCCCCGGCGCCGACCGCAUGUCCAGUGUCGCCUGCCGUUUUUAGAGAGACUCGCCGUCAAAUCCCGUUCCGAGGACAACCUGCUGUCCACAGUUCACCAUGAUAACCGUAACCACGGUGUCACCAGGGCAGCCACAGAGUGCACAGGAAGUCGGCACACGUGGGAACAGAGGGUUAAAUAUUUAGAAGCGCAGCUCAGCAGGAGCCUGACGGAGCUCAACCCUGCUGAAUCAGACGAGUGUCUCCCGACUGAUCCAGAGACGGAUGAAAGUCAAAGUCUCACGCGCAGCUUGCCCUCAGGCAUGCUUUUGGACACAUUGAGACGAGCCAAAAUUGCACAUGAGGCUGGUAGCAACCAGAUUCCCUGCAGUGCGUCAGACGGGGAGCUCUCGCCGCCCAGUGGCCUGGAGGGAAUGGGCCGAUGUAAGAGACCCCAGCAGCACAAAAAACUCACACUGGCCCAACUCUACAGGAUACGCACCACACUGGUGCUCAACUCAACGCUCACAGCCUCAGAAGUGUAGCAUCUUUCUGGCACAGACGUUUUGGGACAACGUUGUGAGACUGAAUUCUGUGGGACACAAAUGCACUCAACCCAAUGAGCUCUCCAGCUGCCCUCUCGCUCCCUCUUCCAGUCGGAUGGAUUCCUCCGCGUGUAGCUUUCCUGUCAUUUCUCUGCGGAAGGGGACGUCCACAGACUCAUUAAAUCCUUGCACUUUGUAAAACUUCUAAAGAGGUCAAAGCUUUUGGUGAAACUGCGCCAUUAUCAGAACGACAAAAUGAUCAAAGAAAAAGUGCGACCGGAGCCCUUACCGUGGGACGUUUGAGGUUUCAACGGGUCACAUGAUGCCGAAAGGAAGUAGAAAUGAGAAUAUGAGAAUAAAACACAGCAUCUUGGAUUCUUUAAUCACCCUGUUUGCUUUCUAAGAGUAUUUCUGCUUCGAGGAAGGAAGUGAUUCAUGUUAACUGCACUACUGUUAUGUGACUGUGUGUGUUUAUGAAUGAGAACGUGUGCGAAUUCACAUGCAUUUGUGUAUGACUGAGUGAGUUAUAAUUCUCGACCUAAACAAUUGUUUGACUUCAGAUAACUUGAGUAGCCACUACGGCACGUUACGCAUUAAUUUAGGACCAGUGUUAUGUUCAUAUGGCAGGGAUACUUCUGUCAUGCAACUGCUUAUACUAUUGAAUCUUUGGGUUGACGCAGCUUAUUUAAGUUAUACAUGAGCACAUAAAACCCUUUACUGUAUAUUGUGUUGUGUGGGUCAAGUUGGAUUCAUAAACGUGUGAAUAAUAUCCAAAAUGCUUCAGCAGAUGUGUAGUUAAAGGCAAACAGACUGAAAAAAAAAUCUGUGUUUUGGUUUAUAACAUUUAAGGAUUCAGGAAGCGUCGCCUGACACUAGAUGAGCACUUGUUAGAGAUCAUCUGACACUGAAUAGGGUGUUUGGUUUAAGUGAAAGCUCAUGUUAGUUUUCAAACAUUAACAUAUGUAUUGAUGAUUUAUUGUUUGUUUUUUGUAAUCUUUUGAUUUCACAGAUACUGCUGUUACCCGAAAGGUUAAACUGAAACUGCCUGGUACUUUAACUAAACCAAGCCCUUCUGAACUCCCUUUUUGAAAAAAAGAAACAAAAACAAAACACCCUGCCCAAAGUAAAUAUGGUGUAUUAUAUGUUUACUUAUUAGGCUUUUUGUGUUUGUCAUAUUUAUUGAGCUUGCAUUGUUUUAUAUAUAAAAUAUGGUCUAUAAUAGUAUCAUUUCACUUUACGGUUGUAUUUUUUGUUUUGUUGUCAUAAUUUGUUCAUUGUCAUUUGUUGAAUUAAUUUUGAAAUCUGCUAAGAACCAAAAUAACCUUGUUUUCCCAUGUGAGGGAGUGUUCCAUAAAUGUCUUUCAAAAUAAAAG